AUUUGGUACACCGCCUACAAACCACUCCUGUCAUCUUCAUUUUCACAGAUUCCCUCUAGAAUCAUUGAUGGCUACCGGAUCCAGCUCUCCAGUCCCAGCUAGAGGAAACAGCAAGGUCUCCCUGGGCCUCCUGGGAGACGAAUCCGUUGAAUUCUGGCGUGAGCCAUUACAAUACGUGGAGAGAAGGAAGGAAGACUAUGGUGAAGUCUUUCUUGGGCGACUGUUAAACAAACCCACCAUUUUUCUGACUGGUAGCUCAUCUGUGAAAGAGCUCCUUAAUGAUAAAUGGAGGUGUUUUACGAUUGGAUAUAAAGAAUUCAUGUUUGAAAUAUUUGGGGAUAACCUGAUAUUCCAUGAUGGUGAGACGUGGGAGCAGGCAAGAGAGGGAUUGGAAUCCGUUUUUGAGCUUCAAAAUCUAUCACAAUCACUAGACACUGUUAAACAGUUAAUUAAAGACCACAUUAAAGAGACGCCUUUAAAUUCUCCUACAAGUGCUUAUACACAUUUCAAAUCUCUUGCUACACAAAUAUCAAUGAAGCUAUUCCUGAGUCCCUUGCUAACUGAAGACGAAAUGAGAGAAAUAACAGAAUUAAUGACUAUACACUGGCACGGCAUCAUCUCUCUACCUGUUAACAUCAAACUACCUUGGGUCCAGUGGAAAUCAGGUUAUGGGAAGGCUCUAGCUGCUAAAGAGAAAUUACUAGAUCUAAUAAGAACUAAGCUACAAACACAGCCGUCAGAGAUAGCAGCUGGUGUACAGAGCUCAUGUGAUACCUUUGAACACAGUUUGAAUAAUAUCCUUUUAUUUGUCACUGCACUCAUUCCAAAAGCACUUGCAUCAGUAAUGACAUCAUUACUUCUUGAGCUAUCUAAACCGGAAAACAAGAGGUACUGUGAUUGUAUUAGUGAUGAGACUUUCCUGGAAGAUGUCAUUUUAGAAUGUCAGAGACUAUGGCCGCCAUUUUUCGGUGGACGGAGAAUAUGCACUGAAAAAUGUGUUAUUUAUGGUCACAUUAUACCAGAGGGACAUGCUGUAGCUUACAUGUCCUAUUCUGCCAACAGGGACAACAAAGUAUUCAAUGAUCCAAACCAGUUCCAACCAGAAAGAUGGAGGAAUGAAAACAAACAUGACAGAGAUUUGGUUUGGACAUUUGGUGGUGGGCCAAGGCGUUGUAUUGGACAAGAAUUGGUUAAAACAAUAUUAAAGGAGUGGCUAUCACAGUUUUUAAGCUCAUUAAAUUGGAGCGUCACUAGUGAAAUUAAAAAGUAUAAGCUCCUCCCAGUUUGCAGACCUACUGAUGAUGUCAUGGUGACCUUCAGUUCAUUGACUCCACCCACUUCAAUUAAUAACACAAACAAGACUUAAGAUUAAUAAUUAAUCAUUGCAUUUUUAAUCAUUAUUAUUAUCAUUUUUAUUUUUAAUGUUAGAAAAUGAAGCAUAUCAUUCAUUGUGUUCACAGGUUA